CAUUUAACAGAAAGCAACAGAUCUAGCCUGCCAUGUUUGGGACUUUGAGUUUGAGAUGGGAAAAAUAUAUAUAUUUUUGAUAGCAGAGAGAGGAAAAAUUAUUUAAAAAAUGAAAAUUUGUUUCUAUUUUAUUGAAAGAAGUACGAGGAAAUAAAAUGACAAGAAAAGAAACAAAAGAAGCAAGUAAAGUCGGUUUUCUUUUGUACUUACUAUCACUAAAAAUUUAAUUUUUAAGGUUGAGAAGAAGAUGAUGAGAAUCUGAGUAUUAAAAUCUCUUAAAUUGGGUUUUAAAGCAUGGACCAAUCUAUUUCUCAACAGUCAUCUAAUGCUCUUAGAGGGUUUCGAGUUCAAGCUCCAUUGGUUGAUUCUGUAUCAUGCUAUUGUAAAGUGGAUUCUGGAUUGAAGACAGUUGCUGAGGCAAGAAAAUUUGUCCCAGGGUCGAAGCUUUGUAUUCAGCCUGAUAUCAAUCCCAAUGCACACAAGAGUAAAAACUCUCGCAGAGAGAGGACUCGAGUCCAGCCACCUCUUCUCCCUGGCCUUCCUGAUGAUCUUGCCAUUGCAUGUCUGAUUCGAGUUCCUCGUGCUGAACACCGAAAACUCCGUGUAGUUUGUAAGAGAUGGUAUCGCCUUCUGGCUGGGAAUUUCUUUUAUUCUCUUAGGAAAAGUCUUGGAAUGGCAGAAGAGUGGGUUUAUGUUUUCAAACGAGAUCGUGAUGGUAAGAUAUCAUGGAAUGCAUUUGACCCUAUGCAUCAGCUGUGGCAGCCACUUCCUCCAGUUCCAAGGGAGUAUUCUGAGGCAGUUGGUUUUGGUUGUGCUGUUCUAAGUGGUUGCCACUUGUACUUGUUUGGAGGAAAGGACCGACAAAGGGGUUCAAUGAGACGUGUUAUUUUCUAUAGUGCUCGGACAAACAAGUGGCAUAGAGCACCAGAUAUGCUUCGAAAACGUCAUUUCUUUGGUUCCUGUGUGAUAAAUAAUUGCCUUUAUGUGGCUGGUGGAGAAUGUGAAGGAAUUCAUAGGACUUUACGAUCUGCUGAAGUUUAUGAUCCUAACAAGAACAGAUGGAGUUUUGUUCAAGAUAUGAGCACUGCUAUGGUACCUUUCAUUGGGGUAGUUUAUGAUGGAAAGUGGUUUGUAAAAGGUCUUGGGUCUCAUCGUGAGGUUAUGAGUGAAGCAUAUGAUCCUGAAUCUAAUUCCUGGUCUCCUGUUAGUGGCGGGAUGAUUUCUGGUUGGCGCAACCCUAGUAUCUCUUUAAAUGGACAGCUCUAUGCGCUGGAUUGCCGUGAUGGAUGCAAGCUUAGGGUGUAUGAUGGAGCCACAGAUUCAUGGAAUAAAUUUAUUGAUAGUAAGCUCCAUUUAGGGAAUUCUAGAGUUUUGGAGGCUGCUGGCCUAGUCCCUCUCAAUGGCAAGCUUUGUAUCAUUCGCAAUAAUAUGAGCAUAAGUCUCGUUGAUGUUUCCAGUCCAGACAAACAGGUUGAAAGCAACCCUCAGCUUUGGGAAAACAUCGGUGGCAGAGGUCAUUUCAGGACACUAUUUACAAAUAUAUGGUCAAGUAUAGCAGGCCGAAGUGGCUUGAGAAGUCAUAUUGUUCACUGUCAAGUGCUUCAAGCAUGAGAAGGGGGACUAUGAUUUACGUUCCAUGUUAAACUUUCCUGCAUUGGUUUAUGCCUUGGUAGUCGGAUUUCAAAAGUUUAUUCGUUUAACAAGUCGAGGUUCAGCACCUACUGAGUGGAAAAAGAUGAAUUUUUUUUCUGUUACCUUUCCUGAUGUUUUUAUUCUCGCUAUGGUGAUUGAUAUCAAUGGUGACCCACCAGGGGAGGGGAUCGAUAUCCACAUUAAGAAUGUUCCGCUUUUUGAUUAACUCGAAGAAGUGAAACAAUGAAGACAACCAAGGGCUUUUUUGAGAUAUUGAAGUUGAAGAACAGCUUGGAUUUUUAUCCCAUGGUGCAUAUGCAGGUGAGGUGGUUCACUGUUGAUCUCUGCUAUUGAAUUAUGAAGUUAUUUCUUUACAUUUUUUGAAGAGAGCAAAUACUUGUAAAUCUUGUUCAUUUGGGCUUAGGACCAGUCUUUUGGAGAUCUUUAUCAUUUUGCAGCAUGCAAUCUUUGAGAAGCUUUGAAGUGUACAUGGUUUGUCCGACUCGAGUUAAUAUAUAGUUGGCUCAUUUUAUCAAAAACCUAGAGAUGUGAAGGUGCCAUCCCCGUUAUCUAAACAGCUUAGACACCUCUGGUUUUCAUUUCCCAGUGGUAUUUGGUUCAUUCCGGUAAGCUGGUUGCAGAAGUUGCUGGUGACCCUCGGAUUGAUUUCCUUAUUUCAAUCUUAUCUUUCUCUCCUUGUCAUCCAUGUCGUGGAUAAUACAGAUAGGAACCUCAUCACGUUCCGCUCUUGCAUCUGAUUCGUAGCUUCGGAGUGAAAGAAGAGAGACCAUUUUGUUCGGUUUCCAAACUGAGUCUCGGACCAAAUUCGUUUAAGCUAAUAUUUCAUGGUAACACUACUUAAUAUGCAAGAUAAUUUUAGUGUUCAUUUCCAUUAGAAGCAAAAAAAAAAAAAAGUGUUGAAUGAUAAAUCUCAAUGAUUCAUUGGGCUGCAUUGAUUGGUUGUAUUCAUGGGUUGGUGAUGAUUGGUUGAUGGUGAUAUUCAGUCCAUUGUGUUGGAUGUUUUUAAUUUUAUUCAGAGUUAUGUUCUAUGCA